AUUAAUUUCCUAGUGAGAUUGUACACUUCGAUUUUUUUAACAGUAUUGCAUGUUGAAUAGUAAAAUACUUUUGUAUCAUAUAACAUACUCAUCAAUAUUCCUUGAUGAUCAGCAGAGAUGAUGAAGAGUACUCUCAAAACUCCAUUCAGAGGCAUUGUCGAUGAUUUUAGAGGAAGAGCACCUUGCUACAAGCACGAUUGGCUUGCUGGACUUACAUCUGGAAUAUCGAUAUUGGCUCCAACUACUUACAUAUUUUUUGCAUCUGCUCUUCCAGUGAUAGCCUUUGGAGAACAAUUGAGCAGAGAUACAGAUGGGAGCGUGAGCACUGUGGAAACUUUAGUUUCAACAGCUAUAUGUGGUAUAAUACACUCCAUAUUCGGUGGGCAGCCUCUUUUAAUAUUAGGAGUUGCAGAACCAACUAUUAUUAUGUACACUUAUAUGUACAAAUUUGCCAAAGGAAGAGAAGAUUUGGGACAGACCCUUUACUUGGCUUGGGCUGGAUGGGUUUGUGUGUGGACGGCACUUAUGUUGUUUCUUUUAGCAAUAUUUAAUGCCUGCAACAUUAUCAAUCGAUUUACAAGGAUAGCUGGGGAGACAUUUGGGAUGCUCAUUUCUGUGCUUUUUAUACAAGAGGCAAUUAAGGGGUUAGUAAGCGAGUUCAAAGUUCCCAAAGCUGAGGACCCAAAUUUAGAGAAAUAUCAAUUCCAAUGGCUCUAUACAAACGGCUUACUUGGAGUUAUAUUUUCCUUGGGCCUUCUCUACACAUCAUUGAAAAGCAGAAAAGCAAGGUCAUGGUGGUAUGGAACAGGUUGGUUCAGAAGCUUUAUUGCUGAUUAUGGUGUUCCAUUAAUGGUCCUUGUUUGGUCAGCACUCUCAUAUAGUGUGCCAAGUAAAGUGCCAUCUGGAGUUCCCAGAAGGCUCUUUAGUCCCCUUCCUUGGGAAUCUGCAUCUUCACACCACUGGACUGUAAUUAAGGACAUGGGGAAGGUUCCUCCAACAUACAUCUUUGCUGCCUUAAUUCCAGCUCUAAUGAUAGCUGGACUUUAUUUCUUUGAUCACACUGUUGCUUCACAAAUGGCACAACAAAAGGAAUUCAAUCUUAAGAAUCCUUGUGCUUAUCAUCAUGACAUCUUGCUCUUGGGAUUUAUGACUUUGCUUUGUGGUUUGAUUGGAGUUCCUCCUUCAAAUGGUGUCUUGCCACAGUCCCCUAUGCAUACAAAGAGUUUGGCUGUUCUCAGGAGACAGCUGAUUCGGAGGAAGAUGGUCAAAAGUGCCAAGGAGAGUAUAAAGCGAAAGGCUAGUAAUUCCGAAAUUUAUGGCAAUAUGCAAACAGUUUUUGUAGAGAUUGAUAGUUCUGCUGAUACAACAGUAGCUAAAGAGUUGGAACACUUGAAGGAGGCAGUAAUGAAAAGUACUGAAAAUGAUAAUGAGGGAAAUGCAGAGUUCGCAUUUGAUCCUGAGAAACACAUAGAUGUCUACUUGCCUGUCCGAGUGAAUGAGCAAAGAGUGAGCAAUCUAUUACAGUCGCUACUAGUAGCAGCGUCAGUUUGUGCUAUGCCAGUGAUAAAGAAGAUACCAACCUCAGUUCUUUGGGGAUAUUUCGCCUAUAUGGCUAUUGACAGCCUGCCUGGAAAUCAACUCUGGGAAAGAAUAUUGCUUCUCUUCAUCACUCCUGGGAGGAGAUUUAAGGUCCUUGAAGGGGUGCAUGCAUCUUUUGUGGAGUCGGUCCCAUUCAGAUACAUUGCAAUUUUCACAGUUUUCCAAUUUAUGUACUUAUUAUUAUGCUUUGGAGUCACUUGGAUCCCCAUAGCUGGCAUUCUCUUUCCCUUGCCAUUUUUUCUCCUUUUAAGCAUAAGACAACAUCUACUACCCAAGAUUUUCCAGCCUCAUCAUUUGAGAGAGCUAGAUGCAGCUGAGUAUGAGGAAAUUCCUGGUGUCCCUCAACGUUUGCGCAGCUUCUCUUCUAAGGAAAAGGAAGCACCUCCUUAUGGAGCUGAGCAAGGUGAAGUAGACAUUUGUGGUGCUGAGAUAUUAGAUGAACUUACAACCAGAAGAGGGGAAUUCAAGAUCAGGAGCAAGAGCUUUAACGAUGAUAAACGCCCACAGGUUCAUGCAACAACAGAGAAUUUGAGUAGUUGAUCAGCUGGGGAGAGUCAAGGAGACAGAGACCAAAAGUAGUCUUGAAUAUUUUUCUCACUAAGACUAAUCCUGGAAUUUUUGCUCAUGUACACUUUUUCAAAUGGAAAUCAACAGGGAAAAUACCAACACUGAAUGGAUUUAGUUCAAUAUAUGAAGGAACACAUAAUAUGUUGAACCAAGAAGGUUCUUUCAUUUGAUUAUUCGAAAAUUUGUAUAAAUACAUGUAAAAUACAACAAUA